AUGUCGCGAGUUACUCCCCCAGUGACCAAGUUUACAAACCAAGCCGUACGAAGAAUCUCAUCAACACCCAGCGCUGCUCGUCCCUCCGCCCUUCUCUCCUCACAGUCACGAAAUGCACACCUACCCCGCUCGAAGCUGGAUCUCAAGGCAGAAUGCACCAAACGCCAAUUAAAUGGCAGCAAGCCAGAGCUCGAACGUCUUGGUGCGCAUGACUUAAUCGGCUCGCAUGCCUACCAUAUCGCUCAUAGACCACAACUCCCAACCAAACUCAUCCCUUUGAUGCAAGGCUUCACCACCUCGGCACCCAAACAAGUGCGUGGUGAUACCAGCACCAUUGAAUCAUUUGUCCUCCCCAAUAUCGAUAUGGGACCUCCGGCGAAUCCAUUCGAGAAACUUCGCGUUCCUCUGCUUCCAGAUAAUUACAAUCCAAAUCGUUCCGCUGAUUCAUUUCACGCCGCCGAGGAACUAGAUGCACCUAUGCCUAGAUCCGAAAUUAGCAUCAUUGCUGCUCACCCGGAUAAUGUUCUAGCUGCUGCCAUGAGCGAAAUUGUCGGCAAUGAUGGGCUGGAUGUUGAUAUCGGCCAGCUCACAUCUGGCUUCUCAGAUCAUUUGCCCGCUCAAGUCAAAGAGCCUGGUGCCCUCAAGGAGUUGUGGACGGGAAUUGUUGAUGACAUUCUUGGUGCCGCCAAGCAGAAUCCCAAACUAGCCGUUUAG